CCCGACUCACUUCGGAGUUCUGAGCCCUUCUUCAAUACUCCCUAUUUCAAAAACCUCUGCAAUUCCUAGGGGUUGCCCCUGCUCUGUUUUUUCUCUUCUUCGACCCUACCUCUUCUCCCACAUCAAAAGGUGAAAGGUUAUAACUUUGCUUUUUGGAUAUCUCCUUCUUUCGCAAGUAAUGGUAACCCCAUUAGCUAUGGCUGCUUCAUCUUCUUGUUGUUGCCCGCAAUUGGUGAUGGGUCUCUCUCCAAACCACACUAAACCCAUCUAUGGUCUUCCCGUGCUGCCCAGAAAAUCUACGUAUAUUAUCGGAGUUACGAGACCUAGACCUUGCUUUUCUACCUUUGCUUACUUCCAGACACCAAAAAAUACCAAAACUACUUUGAUCAAAAAACAUGGAAAAGAUUGUUUGGCAAGCAUUAGUUCAAGUAGCCAGCAAACAUCCUCAGUUGGCGUGGCCCCACAGUUUCCAGCAUCACCUCCUCCAUCAAAUACAAUAGGGUCGCCUUUGUUUUGGAUGGGAGUUGGUGUGGCUCUCUCAGCACUAUUCUCAUGGGCAGCUAACAGCUUGAAGAAUUAUGCAAUGCAACAAGCUUUCAAGACAAUGACAGGACAGAUGAAUGCACAAAACAAUCCAUUCAGUACUGUUCCUUUUCCGGUCAUUCCACCCGGAUCAUCUUUCCCCUUUCCGCCCUUACCGCUGCCAACUUCAGGUCCAGCUGGAUCGUUUACUUCAUCACCCUUUGUAUCUGGUCAUGCCACAUCAUCACCUUCUUCUGUUUCUCAGUUCACUGAGACUGUGGGUGUAGUUGCAACAGACUUGGAGGAUCCUCCAACUCCUGAUGUCAUCGAUGAAACUAGAGAUGCUGAGGAUGGCCCCCAAAAAAUCAAAAUAGACUUGGAGGAUCCUCCUACUCCUGAUGUCAAUGAUGAAACCAGAGAUGCUGAGGAUGGGCCCCAAAAAAUCGCUUUUAUGGAUGUGUCACCUGAAGAGACAUUAAAGAAGAGUGAUUUUGAAAAUUACAUGGACAUUUCGGUGACAAACCCAUCAAAUCCUAACCGAGAAUCUGUGAAUGGAAAUGCUUCAUCUUCUAAAUCUGGCACGUUUCAAAGUUCUUCAUCACCUGGAAAGCCAAGUCCCUUUUUGACAGUGGAAGCCUUGGAGAAAAUGAUGGAAAAUCCCGAUUUGCAGAAGAUGAUUUAUCCAUCCCUUCCAGAUGAGAUGAGAAACCCGGAAACCAUGAAGUGGAUACUACAGAAUCCACAGUACCGUCAACAAUUAGAAGACAUGCUGGCUAACAUGGGUGGACACCAGGGAUGGGAUAGCCGCACAAUUAAUACUCUGAAAAAUUUUGAUCUUAAUAAUCCAGAUGUCAAGCAGCAAUUUGAUCAAAUAGGAACUACACCAGAGGAUGCCAUUUCUAAGAUUAUGGCCAAUCCAGAUAUUGCUAUGGCAUUCCAAAAACCCAAAAUCCAAGCUGCAAUUAUGGAUCUUUCUCAGAAUCCUUAUAAUAUAGACAAAUAUCUGGGUGACCAAGAGAUUAUGCAUGUUUUUGAUAGGCUCUCUCAGCUCUUUCCCGGCAUGAAGAUGUAGUUCUCAGAUAUGCUGGGAGCUGUUUCUCACAGUGGCGCUUCUAUAGCAGCUUUUUUUUGUGUGCCUAAUGCAUUGAUCUGACUGAGCCAGUUAAGAUGCAAAUCACACAAGAAACAUUUUCAGUUGUUUCUUGGCUUGUAUAAUUUUUUUAAACUUAUUUACGAUUUUGACAGAACAUAGUUUGUGCACUGUGUUCCUCUGAUGGAAUUAUUUAUUUUCAGUCUGUCCAUGUAAUAUUCAAAGUGUUUUUUUUUAAUUUAAAACAGUAGUCGUAUAUUUUACAGAAAUGAGUAGAAAUAAUGAUUAUAUCAUUUUUUAUGCUUCAUUGUAUUUUAGUAUAUUAAACGAGCUUUGA